GGACCGUGCGGUGGAGAUCAACGGCCCAAGCUCCCGUGAGGUGUCCCGUGAAGUUUCACAACCAUCUUCUUCUUCGAACAUGCCUCGGUUUCCCACCCCAAAUUAACAAUCAUAUGCUGUGUCCCUCCCGCCUCUGUGCUUCUUCAGCCUUGCGGCCGAAAUGACAGCUGAUCCCUGGACUCUUUGUCCGGUUUGGGACAUGCAACGACAACAACGGAGGUGUCAUCCGGUUUGGCCGAUGUUGAAGAGAAUCCCCUCACAGAAUCCCAGGCCCGUUUUUUUGAAGCUUGGGGCAUCAGUUGAUCGUGGUGCUUAGUUAUUCCAUGUCCUGAUCCAAUCCAGCAUAUGUCAGUUCUCGAUCGUCAUACAUCUUGACCAUUCUCGUCGAGAACCUCGCAUUCUCGGCUGUCAAUGCAUUCUGCCGUGCAUCUAUCUCCCCGGCAUCUCUCCGUGCUUACUUUUUCUACUGUACCUCGAGUUCGAAGCUACCUAUGCAGGACCCCGGCCUCGCCGCACACACACACACACACACACAACGCAACUUCACAUGUCUUUUUGUCUUGGUUAUCCAAAGCAAUCUCGCAGAUCCAGUGUUUGACACAGAUUGAAACCAGAAUAAGACCGGAAGUAUUCAGACGGCCCGCGGGAUACACAGCAUUUUUCUAUACAAAGAAAGCCAGUCUGGGUUUGCAGUGCGACUUGUUCAUGGGGAGUAUCGGCCCUUUACAGCUUCUGAUGGCCACAAAAUUUGGUGCCAUGAUACCAAAGAGCACUUGGCAACCGUUUCGGCUUCUCGCUCACCGUUACCACGCCAAGAUUUACUAGUGAUGGACGGCCGUUGAGCGGGCGCCCGGAGGUGUUCGAUGUUGCAGUUUACUUUUUUGAAUAUCCAUAGAGCGGCAGUCGGAGCUGAAAAGCCCUAUCAUGUGAAGAGAUGCAUGAUAAUUUAGGCAUGGAAGCCGCAGAGAAUAUUCCAUAGAUUAACGAGGCGGGAUGUUUGGUUGGGACAGAUAGGAACUUGUGCUCUUGAUGGAGGGGAGCAAGAGUGGGGGAUUAUCGGGAUAUGCUUGGUCCAUCCCAUCACCCCAUCCACCUCCACUCAGGAGUUCACACACUCUUCUUCAUACACUCACCAGUUUCGUUUCUGCAUCUUGUUAUCACCUACACUAGUUUGCGUCACACGGCACCACCUCGACCCUGACCUUGAACGGUAGGACGGCUUGACGCCACAGAGCUGCAGACCAACUCGAAAGCGUCCAUCUUCAUGUCAUAAAACUGCAGCGGUGUUCCUGGUCCGCUCGUGUCACGCUGUCACGUCCCCACCGAGUUUAGUUGGAGGUCCAUAGUACGGUACUAGGUGAACUGACUGACAGGUAGCGCGGGCCACACAACGGCAGCAGCGGCAACGCCGGCAUCAGACUCGUCCCGAGGGAUAUACCAUUAUACCUGACGUGUCGAAGGAGGGGAGGGUUACUUUUUUAGAACGCCCGUGGUGACGAUGGACGGGACGGCUUGUUCCCGUCCCCCAGAGCUGGACUGACAGAGAAGUGUACCUGACCUUGUGAGACUGAGAGCUGGAGCGCGCGGGGGGGGGAGGGGGGCAUCUUGAGGGGACAUUCACCCUCCAUCAUCUGUCAAGGCGCCACAGCUGCACAUGGAGCACGCAUACAGGCUGCAUCAGCUAACCUGUAGGUCCCGCAACUUCACCGUUCUGGCCCAUGGUCUGGCGUUAGGGGACUGUAGGAAAGUGGCGCCAAUCUCUUGGCCCGUUGAGGCUGCCCCACCUCACGAUGCUUGCCCAGCUCUCCAGCUUGCGGUGGCCGCCCCUUGCUGUGAUGCGACUCUCCCCUCGCCAAGCAACAAGUGAGAAUUGCGAGCGCCCGAUCUGUCCUCGCACCAGAAUCUCUUCGAGCACCAUCGGCCCGUGAUGCCAUCAUACAGCGCCACACCUCUCGAUCUGCUCUCCUUUCUCCCUCCAUAGCAUACCGCCCACGCCUCUGUCUCUCUCCUUCAAGUGAGAGAGUGAGUGAGAGCACUCGGCCGAAGCCACGCCCCCUUCCCCCCCCCCUACCCCCCGGCUUGUUCCGCCUGACACACCACGUCCACCACCUAGUUACCACUAUACUACAACAAAGAGAGACGGCCUAGAUAUCUACACACUACAUAUAAACGAAUAUCACCUACCCAUACAACGCUGCUCGUCGAUAUCAGCCUCAACGGCUAUUGUUUGUCACCCUCACCGCGGGCGGGCUGCCAGGCUACGCCAUCUUACACCUAACGGGUACCUGGGGCUGUUUCGGCCGGCACUGGUCUUUUCCAUUCAGCUAAUCAACAAGUUAGCGAAACCUCUCCGCGUCCUGUUGUGUCCUGCAGACAGCUGCACCAAUUCGGAUCAUACUCUGGCUUCGCCGGGAUCAAUACAAGGCGACCUUCUCCCAGGUUUGUGUGAGUAUCUGGGCACCGCGGCGGAGAUUUAUUACCCGUCUCCCGCCCCCCGUUGCCCUCUUGUCUUGGUCAGAUCAAGGGACUACAAACUCAUGAUAUAUUCGCUAGACAGCCUCGAGUUUAUCAUGUGAACGCGCUGAGUUUUCACUAGCACAUAUCCGUCACACCGCUUUCCCUGUAAAGCUCUUCACUCGCCGUUUUUCUUUCUGCAUACUCUACACAUUUACCCCCUUUUUUUGACUUACACCAACCAUCAUGGACGUCGACACCCUGGAGGCACAAGCCCCAAAGUCUGCUCCUUCGCCCGAGCCUCCCUCUGGCAAUGAUCCCUCUGAGCCGCCCAAUGGCAAGGGAAACCAGCUGCCGAAAAAGACAACAGUCAGAAAGAGAACCAAGACUGGGUGCCUCACUUGCCGCAGACGGCGAAUCAAAUGCGACGAGGGCAAGCCCACCUGCGGGAACUGCCUCAAGUCCAAGAGACAAUGUGAGGGAUACAACCAGCGCAUUGUCUUCAAGGAGUCUAUGGGGCCGUUUCCUUCUGGCCACCUUUGGGGACAUCCUGUGUACCAUCAGCAGGCCCAGGAGGCCCUUCUGAACGCUCAGCUCUCGGAAGCACAAACCAAGGCUGCCUCGUCACAAGGACCACUUGCCGCUAUUGCUCCCAAGCCGCUAUCCGUUGAUUUUUCUGGUACCGGGACGCACCCUUACUCUCAGGGCUUUGCGGGACCUUCCAACCAUUCUAUCGCUGGGCCAUCCCUCUUUAGCCCGCAGCACAUCGACCCACAACAACAUCACUUGCCUAGCCCGCAGCACCUCGAGCCACAGCAUCACUUGCCCAGCCCGCCGCUCUUGACUCCCAGUACUGCUCAGUAUCCCGACCAGUAUCCUUCACCUGGGGACGGGUUGCCCUUCUCGGACUAUUAUGGAGCUCAGACUCAACAGCCGGUUAGCGCUCUUGGACAUGUCUCCCCCAUUCAUGGUCACCAUGGUCAAUAUUCUCAUCCUCAACCCCAUCCCCAUGACCAGGGCUAUGGACAUGGCCAUGGCCAUGGCCAAGAGAUCCGGCAGAGUGUUGAGACACAACAGUUGGCUUCGCCAGAUACGGCAGCGGCACUCAGCGGCACUGUGUCUGUGGAAGAAGGAUACUGGCAGUCUGACGAUGAAGCUUCCAUGAUGGCAUCAGACGAUGAACAAGGGCCGAUAGACCCGCACAGCAGCCAUCUCGAGUCCAACGAUCUCGGUAUCCUCGUGGCUCGGCGUCUCGACACCGACGGUGAUGCCUACGGCGUUCACAUCCGAUCUUUUGCCGGUCACAAUGCCACCAACGUCCUCGACACGUACAUGCCGUCCUCAGCCAACUCACCCCUCAACGACUCCCAAACCGCCGCCAUCUUCUGGUACUUUGUCAACGUCACAGGCCAAAGCAUGUCUCUCUACGAGCGCCACCCCUUUGACCCCACCCCCAUGUUCCAAGGACAGCCCGUCGCCAAGGAGCGGCAACACAUCUGGACCUAUACUUUCCCCAUCAUGGCAUUCAACCACCCAGCCCUCAUGCAGGCGAUGCUCGCACUGGGUAGUCUGCAAAUGGCCAAGCUCCAGGGCCACCCCCCAACAGCAGCGAUGAAGCACUACCACUUGAGUCUCCGACGUAUCGCCAAGAACUACCAAAGCCCUACUCGACGGAUCCAACCAGCCACUCUGGCAGCUACUUUGCUGCUUGGCUUCUACGAGGUGUGGAACUCGGAUCAUGAUAAAUGGUGUAAACACAUGUGGGGCGCUCGCGCGAUCCUGAAGGAGCUUCCCCUACGGCAAAUGACGCGUGAUAUUCUCACUCUGAAGCGGAGACAGCGGGAACAAGCGAGGCGUAAUCAUCAUUGUGAUGAGCUUUGUUUCGACUCGUGUCAUCAUGAGCAAAAGGAUGACUGGCCGGAGCCGGACACGGAGUUUAUUGAGAGUCUGACGGGGUUGAAGAGGGAUGUUGAAAAGUAUGAGCAGAUUAGGGAUUUGUAUUGGUGGUAUUGCAAGAUGGAUAUUUAUCAGAGUUUUCUGGGGGGGACGAGGCCUUUCAUGAAUUAUGAAGCGUGGACGCAGUGUAUUCCUAGGGGGCCGUUUGGGAAGAUUGAUUCGAUUUAUGGGACUUUUGACCAUUUGAUGUUGUUGUUGGGACGGUUGGCGAGUUUUGCGUCGAAGGAUUUGACAAGAAAGAGGAAGGCGAGGAAGUAUGGGCCGCAGCCCGGGGCUCCAGGUGGUCCUGGCGGUCCUCCUGGUAGUGGUCCCCCGGGUGUUCCUCCUGGCGGUUUUGAGGGUGGCCCCCCAGGAAGAUUCCCCGGCGGUGGUCCUCCUGGUGCCGGCCCCCCUGGAGGCUUCCCGGGUGGCCCGCCCGGAACUUUCCCCGGUGGCCCCCCGGGACCCGGCCAGGGAAGAGGUGCAUCUCCACCCCCCUUCACCGGCCUAAUGCCCUCCUCGGGCACCUUCGACAUCCCCAAAGGCUUCUCUCCACCCCGGGAGUCCACCCCUCCCCAUGACUCUUCUUCCUCCGCGGAAGAACCAGAAGACUUCUCCACCUCGACCGCCAAAGCCCUCCAAGAAUGGGAAUCCAUCCGCGCCGCCUUUGAGCUGUUCCGCUCCAAGCUCGGCCCCGACUUUGAGCCCAUGGGUCCUGAAUUUGCGCCUCCAGACAUGACCCCCUUUGGCCCGGCUUUGAUCUACAGGACUUACAGCAUCGCGGGGAUAUGGAUGAAUUACUACAUGGGGCUGAUUAUUUUGCACAGAAGCCACCCGUCGAUGCCCCCGAUUGCGAUAUAUGCCGCCGGCAUGGCGGCGCAGCAGACGGGGAGGUGGGCUAAUGAGAUUGCGAGGAUCGCGGCGGGGUUGCAUGAGGAUACCACGCAUGUUAGUGCUGUGAGCACGCUGGUGGGUGCGGCGUUUAUAGAGAGCUGUUUUUGCUUGUUUGUGGCGGGGGUGCAGUUCCAAUCCCUCCCCCAACGCCACUUCACCAUCCGCCGCCUCCGCGACAUAGCCCGGCUAACAGGCUGGCAAUCCGCUCGCCAAAUCGUCGACGGCUGCGAGUCCGGCUGGAACAAAGCCGCCUCCCUAGGCCGCGGCCCACCCUACCACUCACCCCCCGAGCUCGGCCCCCUAUUCCCAGACAACAUCUGGAACCGUCCCCGGCGCAUCGACCGCCGGAUCCGCGAGAUUGAAGCCUCGGAAGAAGCCCCAGACGGGAAACUCGUCCUGGCAAAAACAGAACAAGCUCACUACGCGCUUGGGCUGCUGAGCGUGGAGCGGGAUUUGGAUGAACUGGUAAUUGUUGAGGAGGAGGAUGAGAAGAGGAGGAGGGGGGGGGAACUAGAGGGGGGGUAA